AUCACACAUUUUCUCCUGUUCAGGGAAAGAAACGAAGUCAUGGCAAGAACCAAGCAGACCGCUCGUAAAUCCACCGGAGGCAAAGCUCCCAGGAAGCAGCUGGCCACCAAGGCUGCCCGUAAGAGCGCCCCGGCCACCGGCGGCGUGAAGAAGCCUCACCGUUACAGGCCCGGUACCGUGGCUCUGAGAGAGAUCCGUCGCUACCAGAAAUCCACCGAGCUGCUGAUCCGCAAGCUGCCCUUCCAGCGCCUGGUCCGAGAAAUCGCUCAGGACUUCAAGACCGACCUGCGCUUCCAGAGCUCCGCUGUCAUGGCUCUGCAGGAGUCCAGCGAGGCUUACCUGGUCGGACUCUUCGAGGACACCAACCUGUGCGCCAUCCACGCCAAGAGGGUCACCAUCAUGCCCAAAGACAUCCAGCUGGCCCGCCGCAUCCGUGGAGAGAGAGCUUAGACUCACCCGCUACCACACCACCACAACAAAACGGCUCUUUUAAGAG